AUGAGGCGCUUUGAAACAUGGGUUUUAUGGCUUUUUGUGUUGCCAGCUGUGUUCAUUUAUGCAAACACGUUAGCAGAUGGAAUUCAUGCUGAAUGCCUUGACAAUAGAGUACAGUUCACAAUCCAAGGUUCUUGGAGUGCCAGAGGACCUUUAGAGGUCUAUGCAGUCAAUGACACGCAGACUGUACUCCUCACACCUUACCUGGCAGCUCAGUGUGGCUACACUCAGAAAUUUGAUCCUUGGGGUAAUACAAUCGUCUCCGCCUCCCAGCAGAGCUGUUUUACCCAGAACAAGGAUGACCUGGAAUUUACUGUAGUCAUGCAGUUUAAACUGUAUGAAUUCCCGUCUUUCUCUGAGAAAGUUCAUGAUGUGAUCAAAUCAUGCCCUCUUAAAAUGAUGUCGCGUGAGAUUUUGUGCGAGACAAACUUCAUGCAGGUGUCUGUAAGGAAUGCAAUUCCAGAUAAGGAAACUGCAUCAAAACAGUGGCCCACAGUUAUUUCUAACUUGCAACUCUGGAAGGUUAUUCUCUACACCCCUGAAGAGAAUUCCUUUGAUGAAGAGGACAUACUGAGAAUGGGUUAUAGUCUUAAUAGUUCUCCGACGCGACUUGUGAUGCGAAGCCCCUACAACAUGGCAGGGAACUACGUGCAAAAAGUUGCAGAUGUGGAUAUGAUUGUGUUAAAGUCUCUAGUUUUGUACCGAGAUUUAUGGAUGAUGACUAUAGUGGAGUCCUCUGCUGCCUGUCCAAUAAAUGGAGCCGCUGUGGUGGGUCAGCUGAUUUCUUGGCGUGUUCCUUUGCACAUCACCCCUUUGGUGUCCUCUGGUGUUGAGAUUUUUGAGGUCCACAUGGGUGUUAAUGGCAGAAGACUCUCGUAUGAAGAAAUGGCCAGUCGCAACUACACCAUGACCUUCACUGAUUCCCAUAUAGUUGUUGAAAUUCCCAUCGGUGCUCCUGAUGGAAACUACAAGAGUCAUGUUCAAACUGAGUGCUACCACAUCAGUUACACCAUAGAGCCAAUGAUCGAAAUCCUAUGGAAGGAGGGGCUGGAUAACACCACGUAUAAGGUUUUAUUCCCCAUCACCACCCCUCUGACAUACUUGACGCCCCAAUUUACCGACAAUACUAAAGCUGAGCUGAAGAUGUUUGAUGUCCUGCUGGGUUACUUCUUGCCGGAUGUGCAGCUGUGGAACAUCACCUUUGGCUUUGAGGUCCUGAGUGUCUCUGAGGUCAUUCAUAGAGGUUUAAUUCUGCAGGAGCACAGCUACCCAAAUGGCACCAAAGCGUUUUCUCUACAGGUGUCCUUCUCUGAUCCCAAUGUCCAGAAGAAUCUGUACAAACUUCAGCCUGAUGUUACAACCUACACUCUUUCCCUCGUCUUUGAAUUUGUCAUCUUGCCUGAACUAAGAUCGUUCUUGCACUCCGUAGUCCUAGAAGCUUCAUUAAGGGAUAUUGUCCUCCCUCAAGCAGGAGGAAAAUGCAAACAGGAACGUUUUGAAAUCUACGUAUCCUAUGGCAGCACUCAACACUCCAAUCUAAAGAUCACACUGGGAGAAAGCGAGCUGAACAACCAGCUUUUACAGCAGUACACACAUCACCAGAAUGACAGUCAUCUCACACUUAAUAUUCCCUUGAUGUCGCCGGAUGUGGUAUUUGAGUCUGUUCAGCUGGCAGGAAUUGUGGGAAGGCUUGACGUGAAAGUCCAAGAUUCAUCGAAUGACUGGCAUUUUAAAGAUUUCUCCCUCACCUGUCCUUUCCUUGUACCAUUGCUAGAGUGCUUUUCUAACGGAACAAUGACUGUAGUUCUACCCAAACUGGAAUCUGUACCUACUCUGAAUCCCCGGAAACUGUCUCUGAGAGACCCGGCCUGCAAACCCUUCUACAGCGACGACCACGUUGCCUAUUUUCACUUUGCUCUCAGCGAUUGUGGGACUUCAAGAAUGUUUGUUGGGGAUACCAUCAAGUAUGAGAAUGAAGUGACAUUGACUGGAGAUGAACCUCUGCAGAAGCUCUACGACUCGCUUGCGACACAUCAUCAACAGUACAGGAUCGUGGUGUCCUGCAUCUAUACAGCAAAUGCCACUCGGAGUGCGGUUUUCCAAUCGGUUUCACCUGUUGAGCCCAAUGCAGAUAUUGGACUGGGUGACCUGAGUGUUCAGCUGAGACUCUCUCAGGAUAUGGUCUAUAGGCUCUUCUAUCACAACGAGGAUUUCCCCGUUCUGAAGUUUCUCAAACAACCUCUUUAUUUUGAGGUGGGUAUGGAUCAUUCAAGCGAUUCCAGGAUAGCUGUGGUUCUGGAAAACUGCUGGGCAACACUCCACGAAGAUAGAACCUCCAAUCCAAGAUGGGAUUUAAUAGUUGAUGGCUGUGCAAAUCCUAAAGACCCAGAACAAACCACUCUUCAUCGUGUCAUGCCGGACAACAGAGUACAUUUCCCUGAUCACUUCAAGAGAUUUGAGGUCAAAACCUUUGCUUUCCCAGAUGACGACAAUUUUGAUGAUCAGGAUGCCACACUGGCAAGACGGGUAUUUAUUCAUUGUGAUGUUGCCAUUUGUCACAUGGAGGGUGCUGCUGAUGGAAGCUGUUUCAAACAGUGCACGGCUCCACCAAAUCAAAGUGUAGGCGACUCUAAACGAGUUCGCAGAAGAGCAAACUUUACAGAGGAGAAGCUGCAGCAUGUAUCUAUAGGCCCAAUUCUCUUGAUGUAA